AUUAUCGUGUCGUCAUAUCUGCGCGACCAUCAACACUUCAAAACAAUGGUAGCGCAUUAGUGAGUGUAGCGUGUAUUAUAUUAUUGAGUGGAGAUGAGUGGGGAGUUGUAGUUCAGUAGAGCUCACUCACAGAGAGCUCUGGACGAGGCGGUCUAGCCGGGUCCUAAGGUGGGAGUGACUCUGGGCUUCUGCCGGUGGAGACAGAGGAGGUGGAAGUAGAGGAGGUGGAAGUGGUGAAAUAUGGGGAAAGCGGCGCUUUCCUGCUUUAAGAAUCAGCAGCAUGUCAUCAGCCUCGACGCGGCGCUUCCGGCGUGAAGUUGUAGCUGAAGAUCAGUAACAUAAAGUUUUUACCGCAGGGUUUGUUCGGAAUCUGCGCUGUCUGAGAGGAGCAGAGAUGCUGAACGUCCCGUCUCAGUCCUUUCCCGCAGUGGGCUCUCAGCAGCGGGUCGCCCCGUCCGGACAGUCCAGGAAUAAGGUGGCACUGAAGCCAGGCCAUAGUCUUAUGGACUGGAUACGGCUCACAAAAAGUGGGCGUGAUCUGACCGGACUGAAGGGGCGACUGAUUGAUGUCACAGAGGAGGAACUAAAGAAGCAUAACACAAGAAAUGACUGCUGGACAUGCAUAAGAGGCAUGGUGUAUAAUGUGAGUGCCUACAUGGACUUCCACCCUGGUGGGGAAGAGGAACUGAUGAGGGCAGCUGGUAUAGAUGGUACAGACCUAUUUGACCAGGUUCAUCGAUGGGUGAACUACGAGUCAAUGUUGAAAGAGUGCCUGGUGGGGAGGAUGGUAGUAAAGGCAAGCACAGUCCUUAAAGGUACAGGUCAACAAACCAAAAAAGAGAGUUCUCGUGUGAAUGGUCUUGCCCUGCCUCCUCCUCCUGUAUUGUCAGAGCCAGCUGCAGCCCCGAUUCCAGCUAAAGACCAUCGCCCUCGAUUUGACUGGUUCCAAACAGAUGAGACGGUUACUAUUGUUGUAUAUACUAAAAGAAAGAUCCCUCGGUCCGGCUGUUCAGUAGUAGACCUUCAUGGCAAUGUUCUACGGGUAGAAACGCUAUUAGGAAGUUGGUCGUAUUUGCUUCAUUGGAGUCUGUCUCAUGAAGUAAAAGAAACUGUUGCUACUCAGUGUGUCCAUUCAGUCGGGAAGAUUCAGGUGUGCUUGCGCAAAGCGGAAAAUACCAGAUGGGAGAGAGUGGGCCAAUCUCUAGAAGGCCAUGAUUCCUUUAUUCGAAGUAAAGAUAGAGGGCUGUUCUACCGAGAUUGUGUGUUGGUAUCAAAAAAAGAAGUAACACACGACACUCAGCUCUUCUGUUUCCAACUACCUCCUGGAACGCACAUGCACAUCCCCAUGGGGAGACAUGUCUACCUCAAAGCCUCCAUUCAGGGCAGCGACAUUGUAAAACCUUACACACCAGUAGACGAGGUGCUUAGACCACUGAAAAACUCCAACACAACAAGCACUAAUAUCUAUUUCAUGAUUAAGGUCUACCCUGAUGGAGUAUUUACACCAUAUCUGGACAACCUUGACAUCGGAGCAUCUGUGUCCAUCAGCAGUCCAGAUGGUUCCUUUACGGUGCGUAGCCUACGUGAUGUCACUCAUUUGUACCUCCUAGCUGCUGGCACUGGUUUUACACCAAUGGCUCGCCUUCUUCACCUGGCCCUACAGGACCUGCCUACUAUCAGAAAAACAAAGCUUAUGUUCUUCAACCGUCAGGAAAGAGACAUACUUUGGCACUCUGAGCUGGAGCAGUUGUGUUCAGAAGAGGAGAGGUGUCAGAUUGAAUAUGUGCUCUCAGAGCCUGCAGGCUCGUGGACUGGGAGAAGAGGACGGAUAGAAGCUGCCAUGCUACAGGGUUUUUUGGAAAGACCUGGGGAUUCAAAGUGCUUAGUAUGUGUGUGCGGGCCAACUGGUUUCACAGAGUUGGCAGUGCAGCUGGUCAAGCAGCAGGGCUUCAGUGAAGAGGAGAUUCAUGCUUUUCAGGGUUGAUUUCAGUGUUGAAUUAUAUGCAGGCUUUGUUGUAGUGCUGACCAUUUCUAUGCAUUUCAGAUUGAAAAGCACUUCAAAACUUACAGUGACUGAAAACUGAAUGGCAGCACACAUGCUUUGACACAUGCAUGAUUCUUUUGAAAUGUUGUAUGUCUAGCAAUGUGCAAGAGCAUUUUAAUCUGUUAUUCUACCCCAUAUGGUUUUGUUAUUUUCACAUUUGAACUUUAAAUUGUGUACAAUAGCAUUGAUUCAAACUGCUAAGAUUCAUAUGAACUGCUAAGAUUCAUAUGAAAACUAAUAGCAAAAAUAAUUCCACUUGGAAUGUAAAUACACUUUAUAUAACAAGUGAUUCACUUGCUCCUUAUGGCAGCCACUUCAGAAUAAGGCUUGCACCUAUGCUGGAUUCACAUUCUAUUGUAAUUAUGGUAAAUGAGUUCUCAACUGCACACGUCAUAAUUUCUAAUGGGAAAUUUAAAGAUCAUUUUGAUGCCUGAGUUGGGGUGGCCUUUAGCGUUAUGAGAUGGUAGAGAAGAAGGCAGAAUCACUACUAGAUGGUACAUCGUUCUUUAUUAUUUACAGUGCAGCCAAUGUUAAUGGUUGUUUUUGCACAUUAUUUUAAUCUGUAAACUGUGAAUUUAACCUAAAAACAAACAGUGCAAUUUAUAAAUGUAUCUUCAUCAAAUAUACUACUCCGCUAGUACGGUUUCCUCAAAAAACAGAUGAGAAUGAACUUUGGAGACACCAAGGUUUUUCAUGUCAAUCUGGCAACAAAGCACUUGAAGGUGUUGCAAUUGGGAAGUAGUAUCUUUCAUCUAGCAAGUGAGUGCAGCGUUAUAGCCUGUUCAAUAAAAAACUGAGCUCCGUCAAA